AUGGCGUCUCGUCGGGCUCUCCUGCUGGUCCUCGUUAUCGUCGCCGCGUGCCUGCUGUCGUCCGUCAACCACUCCGCGGCGCAGACGGAGCCGUUCCUCGUGACCAAGGCUCGCAGCACGCGCGCAUACGCCAUCAACUGCACCAACGACUCGGUCAAGGCCAACGCGACCGCGGCGCAGAGGGCUCAGGAGCUCCUCGCAGCGAACGCCACUCUCGCCGCCGCCAUCGCCGCGUACAGCGACGCGGUGCCGCUGGUCAACCGCCUGAAGCUCGUCCUCGCCGGCAAGAUUGCGGCGGCGAACGAGUCGGCUGCGACGAUUCAGUCGCUGCAGGAUAUCACGGCGGAGCAGCAGGCGCGGCUCGAGAAGAUCGUGGCGGAGAGCAGCAACGAGACGGUGCUGAAGCAGGCUGUGUCGGACGCGAAGCGACGGGUUUCCAUGGCGGCACAAAUGAUUGACGACCAGACGGCCGCUAUCGCAAGCUUCAACUUCGACGUCUACAAGGCGGCUCGGAAGGCUGCCGAUCCGACGCUCACGGGCGCAGAUCUGACCGACGCGCAGAAUGAUCUGGAGGCGGCGAAAGCGCAGAAGGCCGACGCGGAGGCGAUUCUGGCAGAUAUGACUAAUCAGGCGGCGCGCGUUUGCCUCUAA